ACAGAAAUGGCCUCAACUGAGGGAAACACUCUGACAUACAAGAUGACGUCCUUGGACAGCGACAUCAACCAGCACUUCCAGGAUGCAAUCGAUGUGAUUCAGCAGCAUUCAAAUAAUUCAUACUAUGAUUCAGAUUACACAUAUUAUGAGACUCUGGGCACCCAGCAGACGUCUCUGCAGUGUCAGAUCUCCUGCUGCUAUGUCACGCACCAGUCGGAUGUCCCAGUUCCUGCUUAUGACUGGAACGACACAGCUCAGCAGUCCUGGCGUCAGGUCAUCCCUGAUGUUUCCUUGAGUCACUCUGUGCAGAACGAAUCCCCACAUUUCUGCUCCAUCUUACCGCCACAGAGGAACAACAAAGGUCGCAAGAAGCUCAGGCUUUAUGAAUACCUCCAUGAGGCCCUGAACGACCCCAGUAUGGGCGACUCGAUCCAGUGGACGGACAGCGGCAGCGGCACCUUCCACUUUGUCUCCAAGAACAAGGAAAAGCUGGCUGAGUGCUGGGGCCAGCGCAAGGGCAACCGCAAGACCAUGACCUAUCAGAAGAUGGCAAGGGCCCUGAGAAACUACAGCCGCACGGGCGAGAUCAUGAAAGUACGUCGCAAGCUCACCUACCAGUUCAACCCAGACAUCCUGCAACGGCUCGGCUCUGCACAGGUGUCCGUGCACCUGCCCUGCCACCCCGCGCAGGAGGAGGCCCGCAACCAGCAGCAGAACCCGGCCGAGCAGAGCUACUGUGGCUCUGCAGUGACGGACUGGCACAGCUGGUACGGACACUACCAGCUGCCGGAAGACUACGACCUGGCCUCCAGCUUCACCUCACACACCUCAGUCAAACUCUGAACAUCUUCACGGAGGGAAAAAUCUCUUUAAACACCAAGAAAAAAUUUUAAAGACUC